AGAGAGAGAGGCCGGGCCGGAGAGAGAGAGGCCGGGGCCGGGGCCGGGGCUGUAAACCCGGGCGGUCGACAAUGACGUACAUCCAGAACUGGGAGGAGUUCAUUAAAGCGGCGGAAAAACUGUGUCUGUCGGAGGCCAUGAAGGUGCGAGUAGUCAUCAAGUACAGACACUGUGACGGGAUUCUGGCCAUGAAGGUGACUGACGAUGUGGUGUGUUUACAGUACAAAACAGAUCAGGCUCAGGAUGUGAAAAAGGUUGAGAAAUUCCAGAAUCAGCUGAUGCGUCUGAUGGUUUCCCGAGAAUCUCGCAGCAACCUCAUGGAAACGGAUUGACCCUUUAUCUGCCAAACACCGUUUAUAGUUUUGGAGGGAAAAGGACCCUAUUCUGGUGGAUGGAAUGCAUUGGAAUUGGCUCUUUAUUGGUGGGGGUGGGGGAAGGGGGGGAAAUUAUGACUUGAGGUCUGAACUGUUGCAGAUUGUGUUUAUGGAGUUGGGUGACCAGCUCUGGGACCUGUUGUGCAGAACUUGAGUGAGCUCCUUGCCAACAGACUAUCCAUCUUGAGUAGGUGGAGUGUGUGGGGCUCUGUGGUGUAUUGCCAUGGUUGGGUUUCCUUGAAGAGGCCAUUGAUUUGUGUUGAGCCUGUUUCUGCUGCCAGUUUCUGCAGGUAUCUAAUGGAAGCAAAAAUAAAGAAUUUGUGGUUUCA